AUGCAACGUGCACUAGGAACUGCAACUCAAGCAAGGCAUUCAGCUCGUAUUGAAAGCACAGAAUCUCACAGAGUAUUGGAUGAAACUACUAGGAAUUUGAGACUAAAAAGACAGUUAGCGGCGUUAGAACAAGAUAAUUUCCAUGAGGAUCCUCAUGCCAAUCUUGUAUGGCACAAGUCUAUUCCGAAAUUCGAUGAUAACGAUGUUGGUGGAGGUAUAACUAAAUCAAGAAGAAGUACAGCUGGUGAAGAUGGUGCUAAGAAGAGAAGAAAACUGCGAACAGAACAUUCAAAGCAGAGAUUCCGUAAGAACUUCAACGGUCUACUAGAUGAAGAAAGUCAAGCGAAUAAGGAUGAUCCAAGCAUUGCUCAAGCAUACAUACUAGCAACCGCUCCUCCAAGUAAAUUACCUCCUCGUAAAUUCUGUGCUGCUUGUGGGUUUUCCUCCAAAUAUACUUGUAUAAGAUGCGGUGCUCGUUAUUGCUCAAUUCGAUGUAGGGACGUACACAACGAUACUCGAUGUCUGAAAUGGACUUCUUGA